GCUAGAGCCUUCGAUCCCCGUUCAACGUCGCUCCAUCACCGCACCUUCUCCAACCGCCGGUAACGCAGUGCAAGCAAACUAUCCCUUGACGGCGACCGCCGAUUCACCAGUCGUCAAGAUGCCCAAGUUCUUUUGCGACUACUGCGAUGUGUACCUUACGCACGACUCGAUGAGCGUCCGAAAGGCUCACAACAGUGGCCGAAACCACAUCCGCAACGUCGUCGAGUACUACCAGCAAAUCGGCCACGAAAAGGCACAGUCCGUCAUCGAUUCCAUCACCAACUCGUACGCCGCCGAGGGCCAGGCCCACAACAAUCCCAUGCUCCCGCAGAACCAGCCCGGAGCUAAGGGCGCGUUCCCUCCUCCCGGCUUCCCUGCGUUCCCUGGAGCUCCCGGAGCCCCUCCCCCGUUCCCAGGCAUGCCUGGCGCACCGCCUGGCCAGUUCCCUCCUGGCGUUGCUCCUCCCCCCGGCGCAGCUGGCCGCGGCAUGCCCCCCAUGCCACCCUUCCCCGGUCCUCCGGGUGCCAAUGGCAUGCCCCCUAUGCCUCCUCCCGGCGGUCUUCCUUUCUCGCCUCCCCCCGGUGGCUUUCCCUUCCCACCUCCUGGUGCUGGCGCCCCUGGUGGCCCUGGCGCCCCGCCUCCCAACUUUCCCGGGAUGCCCAACAUGACCCCUCCCCCGGGCCACGGCUUCCCCGGUGGCCCCCCGCCACCCUUUCCCCCGGGACACUCUCCGGCUCCCGGCCAGGACAGACGAUAGAUUGGGCAAAGACAAGACUUGUUUCGUUCUCAAGGGUCUAGAGAUACCACAUGGCUUGGUGCAAUUUGUUUUAGGGUUUUCCUUCAUAGUAAUGGUAGCAUAGAAGGCGAAGGUGGCGUUCGGGUUCAGCAAAACAGCGCCGCUGGUCGACUGACGACAUGUAGCGGGCGGGCAUAUUGAGUGAUUGCAUAAGGAAGAAGCAGUCUACAUGGAUCAACACUGGCUUCUCAUUGCUCCUUUCGAGGCGAUCCAUAGACUUGAUCGUACAACGUGACGUGCUAC